AUGUUUUCUCGCCUCCUGAUUGCUCUUGCCUCUGCCCUCCUCAUAGUUGCGUCCACUGAUGCUACGGUGUUGCCUGAAAGACUCUCGGACCGACUGAUUUCAAGUCAACGAGUGGACGAGGCACUGGAGGUUUGUGAACAGAUGAUGGGGGAGCGUCUGCGUGCCAAUCAGAUCCCGAUCAGCGCCUUUCAAGCCUGCCUCCUGGCGUACGUGAAGAAGUUGGCCCGUGAAUUAGACGGUGUCGAACUCAUCUACCCACGAGCCUUUAACUAA